AUUCUUUUUAUUAAAUGUUGCAAUUUGGUAGGUUCACAAGUCAGGGUCCUUUGGGAGGUCACUGGAUAUUUCAAAAUUCAGCAGCUAUGAUGAGCUGCGCAGUGAGCUCGCUCGUAUGUUUGGCCUUGAAGGCCAAUUAGAGGACCCUCAGAGAUCAGGCUGGCAGCUUGUAUUUGGUGACCGGGAGAAUGAUGUUCUUCUCCUUGGCGACGACCCUUGGCAGGAGUUUGUGAACAAUGUACGGUAUAUCAAGAUACUCUCGCCACUUGAAGUGCAACAGAUGGGAAAGGAAGGCCUCAAUUGUGCGGCUUCUGUCCCAAGCAAUAAGCUUUCCAAUGGUGGCAACAACACCUGCGAUGACUACGUGAGUCGACAAGACGGGAGAAACUCAUCCAAUGGGAUUGCAUCGUUGGGCUCACUGGACUACUAAAAGGCCAAUGCUUUGCUAAAAAUGGAAAAUUAAAAAUUGGCUGCGAAUGAUGAGUGUUUUAACUAUGCUAGUAGUGUUGUUCGUAAAAAAGAAUUGUUAGCAUUCUUUUACCCUUUUCUGUGGUCGGUGGAGAUGUACUUCCUUAGGCUAAGUCUAUUUGAAGCUUGCAUGUCAGCUUAUGAUUAUAUACUGUAAAUUAUAGUAGGAAGGAAUCUUGUUUCUGAAACUACCACUACAGCACGUAGAACAACACGCACCCUAAAGAGAGAUUGCUUGAUGUCCGAGUCCGAUAGCACUUUCUAUGCUAUCUUGUCUUGUAAUUUAUUAUUAAAUGAAAUUAAGCACUUACUUGUAUCAUUAAUCAGACUGUUCAAGUGCCAACCUGUUCCAUUACUA